GUAGUUCGAUAUCCUCCUAUUCCUCACAUCAAUGUGUCUUUUGGACUGGAUUCAAUAGUUCCUGCAGCAAUCAAUGAUAAUUGUCCCUAUCUGUAAUAAGUAAGGACCUGGUUAACAGUUUACCUUGUCUUUCUAACUUACCUGUAUUCCCUGCCUCCCACCCACCUGACACCGACUGCAAUGGUGCUCGAUGCUUUGGUGAAAUAGCAGCCUUACUUUCCACAAGUUUUGGCGGUGAUCAAAUUUUGUGCUUAUUUCAUGUUGUUGACUCCCUCACUGAACACGUUGUCUUAGGAAGUAAUUUCUUACAAACUUUGGGACUUAAUGCUCCCUUCUCAAAAGUAGAAUAUGCACCCGCCUUCAACCCAUGUUUGGCUCUUGACAUAAGAUGGAUGUCAUGUAACGAGAUAGCGUUUCAGAAUCGUUUCAUUGAACAAUUAAAGAGGAAUGUCACAACUGACAGAUUUUCUCCUCACAAUUCUGACAGUCAUGAUAAGGACACAUCUUCCAUACACCUUCUUAAUCAUGCCUCCUCUCAGUCAUCCUUUGCAGAUACUUCUUUGCGUUCUGGUCACUUGGACAAAACUUCCCCUAUCUCUGUAGACUCUGCUCUUUCUGCUGAAAAUCAGCACUUAUCCCAAGCAGAUGCCCAUCUCUCUCCUCCUCCGUCCCAAACCUCAACUGACACCAUCGAUGGUGGCAUCAAGACUACAAACUCCCAUGUGCAAGUCUCUGAUAUCACUGAUCGCCAUGAUCUUCCUCCCAUACUUUCUGAUCCUCCAUUACUAGAAGCCCUUCAUCCUCCUUCAAUAUGCGACAUGCAAACAGGUUAUACUGUAUCUGACAACCCUGUUUUGGAUGAUUUCACUCCUCCUCUUCACUCUACUACUUCUUCUCCGUCUCCCCCUCAUGCACUUAUAGGACUAUCACCGACAUCUAACCGUACUUCUGCACCUAAUGGCACUACUUUCUCACCCCCAGUUCCUCCCCAUGACCCAUCCAAUAUAGCAUUGAGCACAUCCAAGGUAGAUCCUCUUAACCCUUUCUCGAGACCUACCUCUAGCCUUCCUAGCUCUUACUUCCUUCCAUCUGUUUGUCAUCUCUCCAUGUAUCCCCUUUCCACUCUCCGUUCUUGUCAUUCUUGCAUGCACCCUUUCAUACUCCCUCAUGGUCCUGGUCCUCCUCCCAUCUCACUUUAUGAAUAGAAUUCGAAUGAACACUUACUGGUACUGACACGGAUUUGAUUUUGGUUAUGAUUAAUCCCAAACUUGAUUUUCUUGAAUCAAAUCAAUUUUAUGUUAUGUGUAUUUGACUUGCAGUUUACUUCAAUUUUGAUAUUUCCGAUUCGAUUUCAUCUAAAUGUAUAGUUCAUAUUUCUGGUUUUGAAGAGAAAAGGAAAAUUUGGAUGACUGGCCACCAUUUAUAUUUUCUUUGAUGUUUCUUCAAUCAUUUAUCUUUUAAUGAUAUUCCUUAACAUGAAAAUUACAUAAAACAAUGACUAUCUGUUUCAGCAUCAUGCAGAUGCAGUUCAUAAUUCAUCUUCCGCAGAGUGAAGAAAUAUUUCACGAAUCUUGUUGACCAUAUUUCAUUUCCAAAAAUUACCAUUUUGAUGUUCUGUUUAAACACUGUUCAAUUUUUCAUAUUUUCUUGCAUAAACUCGGAACAUAUUCAUAACUUCUUGAUUGGAGUAUUGGCACCAUUAGAAGAAUUGGAUUUCUACCCAUUCUCGUCAGCUUUGCAAGUCAAUUGUU